CGUGGGAAACGUUGAGAGGGGCUUGUAUGAAAGGGGAACGGUCGUGAGUUGGGUGUUGUGGAUCCAACUUUUGAGGCCACAUGCUGCAACAAUGCAGCCACCUCCCAUUCAGGUUCCAUUUAGAGGGAAGCGUGUGACCAAGAAUGCAGACCCCAAUGCCGAGGUGUACAUGAACUUCAUGAAGAGUCACUGCUGCUAUGAUGCCAUUCCAACCAGCUGCAAACUGGUCAUAUUUGAUACCACACUACAAGUCAAGAAGGCUUUUUUCGCCCUAGUGGCCAAUGGUUUGAGAGCUGCCCCUCUCUGGGACAACAAGUUACAGAGAUUUGUGGGCAUGCUGACCAUCACAGAUUUCAUCAACAUUCUCCAUCGCUACUACAAAUCCCCAAUGGUUCAAAUCUAUGAGCUGGAGUGUCAUAAGAUUGAGACAUGGAAAGAUGUCUAUCUACAGUGCUCCACUCAAUGUCUCAUCAGCAUCACCCCUGAAGCCAGCCUCUUUGAUGCUAUCUAUUCCCUCCUGAGGCACAAGAUACACAGGUUGCCAGUCAUUGACCCAGAAUCUGGCAAUGUCUUACACAUUCUGACCCACAAGAGAAUCCUUAAGUUCCUCUAUAUAUUUGAAGGGAUGGUCCCUAAACCUCGUUUCCUACAGAAGACGAUACGGGAGGUUGGGAUUGGAACAUUCCAGAACAUUGCCACAGUUCUGCAGACUGCCACAGUCUAUGAUGCCCUGUCUGUGUUCGUAGAGAGGAGGGUGUCUGCACUGCCUGUGGUUGAUGAACAAGGCAAGGUGGUGGCACUCUAUUCCAGAUUUGAUGUGAUUAACCUGGCAGCUCAGAAGUCCUACAACAACCUGAACAUGAGCAUGCAGGAGGCCGUCCGAAGGCGCUCUUGUUACGUGGAGGGCGUGAUCAAGUGCUACCCCAACGAGACCCUGGACGCCGUCAUCAACCGCAUUGUCAAGGCAGAGGUCCAUCGGCUGGUCCUGGUGGACAGAGGGGACGUGGUGAGAGGCAUCAUCUCCCUCUCUGACCUGCUGCAGGCCUUGGUCUUAACUCCGGCAGGCAUCGAUGCCCUUCUAUCUUAGCACCACCGGUUGGAGACACAGCACCUUCUGCCUCCCCUUUCCACCAACUCCUGCCCCCCUGUGCAUCUUCAUCCCUACUCUUUGCCCCCCCCCUCCGUAAAACUCACUGACUGUCUUGAGGAGACACUCUGUUUCCUUCAACAGCUGCAUACCAUGGCCCUGACUGACUGUACACCCACACCCUUUGGCUACAAGUUUGUUCCCUGGAUCGACAGUAUGCUCUUUAAGUAUAAGUUCCAAUAUUAAGAAUUGACAGUGGUAAAUUGCAUUGGCAAUUUUUUUGUUAUUUUGUGUAUUGCAGAUAUUACAAGUCAAGUAAAAGAGAGAGAGAACUAAUUGUUGGGGAAAUGUUCAGUCAUCAAUAUAUAUCCUUGUGUUUAUUGGCUCUGACUUUUGUAGCUGUAUCAGUUCUAUGAAACAAUUGUAUGUUGUUGUAUUUGAUCAAAUUGAUCAUCCAGUUUUUGUUACUCAACAUUUUAUCCUUUCUAUAUAAAAAAAUCUAGAACUUUCAA